ACUAAACCAGAAGCCGCAUUGGAGCCAAAACAUAAUUUUGUUUAUAUUGCAAAAUCUUUUUUAAAUUAACUUAAAAGAUGUCAAUGGCAAACGUGUCCACCCACUACAUUUCGGAGAAGGUGGCCCGGGUACGCUGGCUACCGGAGCAACUGCAGCAGAGCGAGCGAUUCGUCACCGGUAGCUGGGACAUGGACAGGAACUUUGUGCGCCUCUGGAGGCUGCAGGCGAACCAAUAUGCCACCGCCACAGAAUCGGACAAUGUGGACCAGACGCCGCGCUGCAUGGAUAAAGUGGCGAUGGAAGACGACGUGACCGCCAUGGAGUUCGUGGACAACGACACGCUGGCUGUCAGCUGUGCGGAUGGUCAUCUCAGCGUGCUGAACGUUCAACGAGCCGUGGAGGAGGAUCAGAUCCAGCGCACGGCUCGGUCCGGAAGGUUGCACUGCUUCCAGCGCAGCCAGGAGUCGGCUCCUUGCACCGACCUCUCAGUCUACGGCACGGAUAUCGCCACCGCUGGCGAGGAUGGAUGCGUGAACAUCGUCUCCGUUGCAAAUGUGCGUCAGGUGAAACGCACAAUCGAGGCAGACAGCAUGGCGCUGUUCUCGAUUUGCUAUGUCAGCCAGCAGGAACUGGUGACCGCCAAUCGGAUGGGCGUAAUCCGAUUGCUGGACGCCCGUGUGGCCACCGAGGCACAGCCGAAGACCACCUUCACGGUGGCCUCCCAGGAUGACAAGUCCUCGAACUUUGUCUCGUCGCUCGCCACGCAUCCUAUGCAACAGCACAUCCUGCUCUGCGGCAGCGAGGAGGGUUCCAUAACGGUGUGGGAUCUGCGCAACCUAAACUAUCCCGCCUCCUAUCUCAGCGCCCACCAAAGUCCCAUCAACGAGAUUGGCUUCCAUCGCAAGGAUCCCACCAAACUCUUCACGGCCGCAGAGGGUGGAGAGGUGUGGAUGUGGUCGGAGAACAAGGUGCUCGGGGGCGACUCAAACAAGAACGGCCUUAGUCCCUGGCUGUCUGGGGAUCGAGUACGUUCCCUGGUCGAUGUGGAGGGCGUUCUGAGCAACAUCCGCAAGGCUGUCAACUCCUUUGAUGUCCACGGAAGUCGUCUGGUCUGCGGAGCCGAUACGGAGGCCGUUUACCUAGUCGACCACAUUGCCUGAACGCUUUGUAAGCUUUGUAAUAUCUUUUUCUACAUUAUAUAAUUUUUCACUUGUUAA